CACAGAAUCCGAAGCAGGCUCCAGGCUCCGAGCCGUCAGCCCAGAGCCCGACGCGGGGCUCGAACCCACGAACCGUGAGAUCGUGACCUGAGCCCAAGUCAGACGCUUAACUGACGGAGCCCCCCGGGCGCCCCAAAGCCUGCGUUCUUAAAAUAAAGUCCACUGCACAGGAGAGGAAACUGAGGCUCAGAGAGGCGGAGACUCCCCCCUCCCCCCCACCCAAACUCCUCAGCGGGGGAUCUGAAAUAUGAGUCCUUCUGGUUCUCACGCCCACGUUCUCAGCCUCUGCGGCUGUGCUGGGAGGGAGGUUAAGGACCGCGAAGGUCAACAUCUUCCCAUUCUAAAGAUGGGAAACUGAGGCUCACAAGAGGGAUAGGAUUUGUUUGCAUUUUGUCGGCUCUGAGGCCUCAGGCCCUGUGUUUGGUGGCCUUGGGCUUUUUGUGGGGACCGUGACCCUGAGCCGUCUCCCUCAGCGCACGGAAGGCGGGAGGCGUGUUUAUCUGCCCUUGGGGCUCUGCGGAGGGAAGAGAGAGAGGGGCUGGGCACGCGGUUGGAGGCUGGGAGGCAGGGAGAGGGCAGCGAGCGCUUGGUGAGGGUGACCUCAGAGGGUCCCAUGGGAGAGUGAGUCUAGGCCCAGAUUUCCGCCCCCCCAGGUCUUGAAGGUCAGACCGCACGCAGGUGUGGCUUCCAGGAAUCGGUGACUGGUGACAUUGAUCCUGGGGUUGGUGACACGGGGUCAGCCCUCCACCCACCCGAGCCCUCUCUGGCUUCAUGUGCUGCCCGGUAAUUUUGGGAUAUGUGAGUCAUGGGAAGAGUACAAGACAAACACACCCCGGGGCGUAGGACAAGGCCACUCCUGUUUUUCCUGGCUGUGGAGAUCUGCUGGGGCCCGUGAGUCGGCGGUGCCCAGCGGCGUCCCGUGGGAGCCCUCGGCCAAGGGGACGGGCUUCCAGGAAUCCCCCCCGGCUGCCAGACGCCCGGAGAGACCUCAGACCUCCUGGGUCCCGGCUGUGAGCCCGGCUCGUGCUUCAAGUGGCAUUGGGUCAAGAUGAGGAUCCUCUUACAAGACACAGUGUCUGGGGCCUGGAUGGAGAACACGUCGGUCAGCUACGAGUAUGGGGAUUACGACGGGAUUCCGGACCUCCCCGUGGACUGCAUGGACGGCACCUGUGUCUCCAGCGACCCGCUGGGCGCCGCCCCGUUCCUGCUCUACGGGGCGGUCUUCCUGCUGGGCGUGCCGGGCAAUGCCGUGGUGGCCUGGGUGUCCAGGAAAGAGGCCCGCCACCGGGUCGGUGCCAGCUGGUUCCUCCACCUGGCCGUGGCGGAUCUGCUCUGCUGUUUGUCGCUCCCCAUGCUGGCGGUGCCCCUCGCCCUCGGGGGCCACUGGCCGUACGGGGCGGUGGGCUGUCGGGCCCUGUCCUCGGCCAUCCUGCUGUCCAUGUACGCCAGCGUGCUUCUCCUGGCCGCUCUCAGCGCGGACCUCUGCCUGCUGGCCCUCAGGCCCGGCUGGGGGGCCGCCGCCGGGCGGGCUCGUAGGGGGCAGGCAGCCCGCGCGGUCGCCUGGACGGUGGCCCUGCUGCUCACCGUGCCUUCGGCCAUCUAUCGCCGGCUGCACCAGGAGUAUUUCCCUCGACGCCUGGAAUGCGUAGUGGACUAUGGUGGGUCCGCGGCGGUCGAGAACACCGUGACCGCCACCCGCUUCCUCUUCGGCUUCCUGGGCCCCCUGGCGGUCGUGGCCGGCUGCCACGGUGCCCUUCUGUGCCGCGCGGCCCGACGCCGCUGGCCACUGGGCACGGCUGUCGUGGUGGGCUUCUUUGUGUGCUGGGCCCCCUACCACGUGCUGGGGCUGGUGCUCACCGUGGCCGCCCCGCACUCCGCGCUCCUGGCCCGGGCCCUGCGGGCCGAACCCCUGGUCACCGGCCUGGCUCUGGCUCACAGCUGCCUCAACCCCAUGCUCUUCCUGUAUUUCGGGAGGACACAACUGCGCAGGUCACUGCCGGCCGCGUGUCACUGGGCCCUGAAGGAGUCGCAGAGCAAGGAUGAAAGUGUGGUCAGCAAGAAAUCCACAAGCCACGACCUCGUGUCGGAGAUGGAGGUGUAGGCGAGAAGGAGACUGGUUUGUGUUCUUCUGUCCGAUUUCGCAAGGCUGGCUUCAGGCACGGCUGGAUCCAGGGGCUCAAUGAUAUCAUCACUGAUUUCACUAUCCGUUCAACAUCCAUUCGUUAUGCACCUGCUAUGUGUAAGGCCCUAUUAUAGGCACCGAGGAAGUGGCAGUGACCAAAACAGACACAAAACCCUGCCCUCGGGGAGCUGGCAUUCUAGUGGACGAAGACAGACAAUAUUCUCGUGGACGAAGACCGACAGAAAGCAAAGGAAAAGUGAAUAUGAAAUACAUCAAGUGGUGAUAAGUGUUAAGAAAUCUAAACGGGAUGAAAAGGGCUGAGUGAGGCAGGGAUAUCGAUCAGUCAGGCAAGGCUCAUCGGGUAAGGUGAUAUUUUAGCCAAGACCCGAGGAAGGGAGGGAGAGGUCAUGCUUAAAGUAUGUUAAACACGGGGCUCAGCAAGUACAAAGGCCCUGAGGCACAAUGUGCUUGGCAUAUUCCAGGAAGAGUGAAAAGGCCAGUGUGGAGGGAGCAAGAGGGGAAGUGCGGUGAGAAAGGGAGAGAGAUAGUGGGGGGCCAGAUUCGAAAGCCUCUCAGGCCAUAGCAAGUGUCUGGAGAUCCAUGGGAGUGUUCUGAGCUACUCUUAUCAGUUAAAAUACACAAGACCCAGUAAAUUUGAGUUUCAGGUAAAUAGCAAGGAAAAGGUUUAAACAUUUUUUUAAUUUUAAUAUUUUAUUUAUUCUUGAGAGAGAGAGAGAGAGAGAGAGAGAGAGAAUGAGUGAAGGAGGGGCAGAGCAAGAGAGGGACGCAGAAUCCAAAGCAGGCUCCAAGCUCUGAGCUGUCAGCACAGAGCCCGACAUGGGGCUCGAACUCACAAGCCAUGAGAUCAUGACCUGAGCCGAAACCAAGAGCCAGAUCCUUGACCGACUGGGCCACCCAGGCAUCCCUGUAAUUUUUUCUUUUUUUUUCUAAUC